AUGGCAGAUCCCGAAAUAGACGACGCCCUCGAUGAGGUUCUCGAUGACUCGCUGUGGAGUCUUGGUGUUUAUGAUGCCCACUGUCAUCCGACGGAUACUAUGGAUGUUGUCCCCGAGAUCCCAAAGCGCAAGGUUCGGACACUGACCAUUAUGGCGACAAAAGCUGAGGACCAGGAACUCGUUGCUCAGGUAGCACGGGAGUAUCCUGACCGUAUCGUUCCGUCGUUUGGAUGGCAUCCAUGGUUUAGUCAUCGUCUAUGGGAUGACAUGAAGGCAGGCGCGACUGGUGUCACGAUCUCGAAGGAGGAGCACUACCGGUCCGUUUUGACAAACGAACCGACCGAGGCGUUUAUCGAGGCAUUACCAGAGCCGAAGCCAUUGUCGCAGUUUAUCACCGAAACGAGGAACUAUCUGGAGGAGUUUCCCUCAGCACUGGUUGGAGAAGUUGGUCUGGACCGAACAUUUCGACUUCCUAACCCCGCUUCGCUCAUCGGCCCCGAUGAUAAGAAAUUGAGUCCUCAUAAAGUCCAAAUGGAUCACCAAAGGCGCGUUCUGGAAGAGCAACUGCGACUCGCCGGAGAAAUGGAACGACCGGCCAGUGUCCACGGUGUUAGCGCUCAUGGUGUUCUUUUUGAUACUUUUUCAUAUCUAUUCAAAGGCCAUGAGAAAGUCGUACGAUCAAAAAGAACCCAAAAGCGGGGACCUCAUGACUUCGAAGGCGACGAGGAUUCAGAUGAGGAUACAGGACCUAAACCGUUCCCUCCACGGAUAUGUCUGCAUUCGUUUUCCGCGCCACCCGACUUCAUUAAAACCUGGCUAAACCCUAGGAUUCCGGCAAAAAUCUACUUUAGUUUCUCAAAAGCUAUCAAUGUGGGAUAUGGCUACGAAAGGUUUGCAGAAAUGCUGGGGUUAGUACCAGAAGAUAGGCUUCUCGUCGAAAGUGACUUGCAUAUCGCAUCAAUCGAUAUGGAACGCCAUCUCGCAGGAAUAAUCCACAGGAUUUCCCGCGAGCGCCUUUGGGACCCUUCGAAGACGGUAGAGACGACUGGGAGGAAUUGGAUUAAUUUCGUCUAUGGGGAGACGGCAUCGAAGGCGCUAGGACUGUAG